AUGGAAGAUAACGGAGCUGCUGCCGUGCAGUCUAUCAGUGAUCAACUUUCUGUGCAACGAAGAAAAGAAGAAUCGCGAGUGAUGGAAGAAGCGCUCAAAGCUCUCGUUCAUCAGAGAGGGGCGGUGAAAGGAAAAUUAACGCGAGUGAAGAAUGCGAUCGUACAUAGUGCCGCGGUUCCGAAUGCGAACAUUAGAAACGUGCACUUUCUGAAGCUGCACGUGAAGACUGUCGAGAACUGCUACAGUGAAUACAACGCAUUCCAAAAUCAAAUAUACGCCCUUCCCCUCUCUGAUGAACGACGACGAGAGCAAGAAGACCGCUAUGUGGAGUUCGAAGCUCUUUAUAAUGAGCUCACGAUCCAGCUGAGCACCCUGCUGGAAGAAGCGAUGCCGAAACCGGAGCUACUUCCUCCGGCACCCCUAGUAGCUGGAAAUGCGAUUGCUCCUGUUGCUCCUGUCAUUGCCCCCCAACACUUCAUCCCUCCAUUGACCGUUCCGUUGCCUACGUUCGAUGGAACGUACGAAGCAUGGUACUCCUUCAAGUCCAUGUUUCAGAACGUGAUGGCACGGUACGCGACGGAAUCACCCGCAAUCAAGCUAUACCAUCUCCGGAACGCCCUCGUCGGUAAAGCAGCGGGAGUGAUCGACCAGGAUAUUAUUAACAACGGCGACUACGAGGCUGCUUGGGCGAUUCUAACCGACCGAUUCGAAGACAAGCGCUUGAUAAUCGACAAGCAUAUCGAGGCGAUCUUCUCACUGCCGAAAAUCUCCAAGGAUAGCUCCACUGAACUACGGAAACUGGUUGACACCUGCGUCAAGAAUGUUCAGGCACUCGAAAACCUGGAACUCGAAGUGGAUGGCUUGGGGGAGCAAAUGCUGAUUAACCAGUUGGCAUCGAAGAUGGAUCGGGACACACGCAAAGUGUGGGAAACGAAGCAGGACCCGGGGGAGCUGUCAUCGUAUGCGGAUACCAUCGAGUUCCUGAAGCUGCGGUGCCGAAUAAUGGAAAAAGUGGAAACAAACAGUGCUAAAGUGGAGAAUCCGAAACCGGUACGCCCGGUAACAAAAUCGAAGACUCUAGUGUCAGCGAAUGAACUACAGUGUACAGUGUGCAACAACUCCCACGAACUCUAUAAGUGCGAAGAAUUCAAGAAGAAGAGUGUCAGCGACAAGUACAGCUUGCUUCGGAAGUCUGGUGCUUGUUUCAACUGCCUUGGAAAGGGGCAUCGUACCACCGAAUGCUCCUCCUCUAGUACGUGCCGGAAGUGCAGCAGGAAGCACCACACGCUCCUGCAUCAGGAGGAGAACAAGAAGGAAGAUAUUGUGCAUCCGUCAGCAACGAAGCAGGCAGCAAGUGAAGGCUGUUCCCGAGCUGAGUCCUCAGCUGCCAGUGCCGCUCCGGUUGAGGCAGCAACAAAGAAUCAGAACGUCGUUCUGUGUGUGUCAUCGGAUCGUCCGACAAGGCAGACGCUUUUGACAACCGCUGUAGUGAUGGUCAACGGCUAUGGCAACGUCUUGCACCCGUGCCGAACCCUCAUCGAUUCAUGCUCCCAGAAUCACUUUGUGACGGAACGAUUCGCCACGCAGCUGGCGAUCAAGAAGCACCGUGCCGACUAUCAAGUUAGCGGUUUGAAUGGAGGUACAACACGAAUCCACAACGUCGUCCGCACGACGGUCAAGUCUCGCGUCACCAGCUACUCGACCGAGCUCGAACUGCUGGUAGCGCCGAAGAUCACAAGUGAUAUGCCGGAGAAAGCGAUCGAUGUGACGAACUGGAACCUCCCAGUCCAUGUGGAGCUCGCCGACCCCAACUUCAACAAGCGAGGUCGGAUUGAUAUGUUGCUGGGAGCAGAAAUCUUCUGGGACCUCAUCAACGCGGAAAAAAUCACCCUUGCGGAGAACCUUCCUUCGCUCAGAAGCACCGAACUAGGAUGGGUGAUUGGUGGCGUGAUUUCGGAUCAAAUACCCGUCAUCGCACGCACAUUCUGCAACGUUGUCCAGCGAGACGACCUGGGCGAUUUGCUGAAACGAUUCUGGGAGAUUGAAGGUGCUGAAGAUCUACGCCGAAACUCUACUGCGAGUACCGAUGAGUGCAUCCAGCACUUCCGGAGCACCUUUCAACGAAUGUCCGAUGGAAGGUUCCAAGUUCGACUUCCAUUCAACGAAAGAAAGACAGAACUAGGCGAAUCGCUGCAAAUGGCUACCCGGCGGUUCCUGAUGCUCGAACGUCGCCUGGAUCAGAGACCCGAGCUGAAGGCAGAAUAUUCCGAGUUCAUCCACGAGUACGAGCGGCUCGGACACAUGUGCGAAAUACAGGCCAACCCGAACGAGAAGGUCGGAUCAUCGUACUAUUUGCCGCACCACUGCGUAUUGCGGCCGAGCAGUGCAACGACAAAACUGCGGGUCGUUUUUGACGGUUCUGCAAAAACGUCCACUGGAACCUCCAUCAACGACACGCUGAAGAUUGGCCCAAUCAUGCAAAACGAUUUGGUGUCGAUCCUGCUGAACUUCCGGUGCUAUCGGUUCGUCUUCACAGCCGAUAUACCGAAGAUGUUUCGCCAAGUGAUGAUGCACGCUGAAGAUGCACCUUUCCAGCGUAUACUAUGGCGGGAUGAUCGAUCGAAACCCCUGAAGACUUUUGAAUUACGCACGGUGACCUACGGCUUGGCUUCGUCGCCGUUUCACGCCACGAUGGCACUCUCCCAGUUGGCCGAUGAUUCGAUGGAGGAUUACCCGAUAGCUGCACCCGUACUCAAAAAGUCUUUCUACAUCUAUGACGCCCUCUGCGGGGCGCGCACAAUCGAGGAGGCGCAGUUGUUGUGUCGGCAGCUGCUGCAAUUACUGCAUAGCGGUGGAUUCGACGCACAUAAGUGGUGCUCAAACGAACCAGCCAUCCUAGAGGAAAUCCCGAAGAACCUCUGGGGUACUACUUUCGACGUUGGAGAUGCUGCUGAUAAGGCGGUUGUAAAAACUCUCGGAGUGGUGUGGAAUGCUUCGCAAGACUGGUUUUCGUUCCGCGUCCAACCACCUGAAGAAGCUUGCCGGUCGGUGACUCGCAAGGGAGUGCUGAGUGAAAUUGCAAAGUUUUUCGAUCCACUGGGACUUGCUGGACCAGUGGUCACUACAGCGAAACUGAUCUUCAGAGAAGUCGGCCUUCUCAACCUUGGGUGGGACGAUCCCAUUCCUGACGCCAUUGCCGAGAAGUGGCGUGCCUUCCGGACUCAACUGCCAGCAUUGAACGACUUGGAAAUUCCAAGGUGGAUACUCAGCGAUGGAAUGAAUCUCGUGGAACUCCACGGGUUUGCUGACGCAUCAGAUCAAGCCUAUGGGACGUGCCUGUAUACGCGUCUCGUACUCCCCGAUGGUGCCGUCAAGAUGAACCUUAUCUGCAGUAAGUCGAGGAUUCUGCCGAAAAAGACAGGUAAGAUGAAACCAAUCACAACGCCAAGAGCCGAGCUUCUUGCCGCGUUGCUUUUAUCUCGAGAAGUAACGAAGGUACUCAACUCGGUCGACACAAGAUUCGAUCGUGUGACGCUGUGGAGUGAUUCGCAAAUUGUGCUUUGCUGGAUCCGAAAAUCGCCUGCCGAUCUACAGCUAUUCGUAGCGAACAGAGUCAUCGAAAUUCAGAAGCUCACCAACGAAUUCCAGUGGCGGUACAUUCCAACGUAUGAUAACCCUGCCGAUAUGAUAUCGAGGGGUGAGAUGCCUCAGCACCUGAUCCACCGGUCUAUUUGGUGGGAUGGACCCGAUGUGCUGAACCAACAAGUAGUGCAACUGGAACAGCCGUCUCCUCUGAACGAUAGUGACCUCCCUGAAAUACGAACGUGCCUUGUUCUCGCCAAACUGCCAGCAAGAUUACCAGUAUUUGAUCGAAUCGGUACGUUCACUCGACUACAGCGUUGUAUGAGCCUGGUGGUUCGAUUCGCCCACUAUGUGCUUUCGGGACGGGAGAUGUUGACAAAGGGUCCGCCAACAGCCUACGAACGAGACGAAGCCUUGAAGCUGAUAGUGCGAUGCGUGCAAGAGGAGGCAUUCCAACCGGAACUGCGCGCAUUGAAGGAAGGCGGUACACAUCGGCUACGGAGUCUCCACCCGUUCAUCGAUCCUGUUGACGGGAUUCUGCGAGUUGGUGGUCGUGUCAAGAAGGCUUUCAUUCCGUAUGAUAGUCGCCACCAAAUGUUGCUACCACCAAACCAUCCCUUCACCGAACUGCUGAUCCGCCAUGAGCAUCAGAGUAACCUUCACGCAGGACAAAAGGCGUUGCUUGCCAUCGUACGACAGCGGUUCUGGCCAUUGCAGGCUAAGAACACCAUUCGGAAGGUGAUCAGGCAAUGUAUUCCGUGCUUCCGAGCAAAUCCGAUGAAGACGACGCAGUUGAUGGGCGAUCUCCCAUCCUAUCGUGUCCAGCCGUCACCAGCUUUCUUCCACACCGGCAUCGAUUAUGCGGGACCUUUUUUGAUCAAGUCGCUCACCCAGGCACGCAAACCGAUGAUCACGAAAGGGUACGUAUGUCUCUUUGUUUGUCUCAGUACGCGCGCCAUCCACCUUGAACUGGUGUCAAGCCUCACGACCGAAGCCUUCCUUGCAACCUUGAGGCGGUUCACUGGACGACGAGGACCUGUCAGCAAGAUCUAUUCCGACAAUGCGACGAAUUUUGUCGGGGCUGAAGCCGAGUUGGAACAGCUGGGCAAACUUUUAGCUGACGAACAUCACAUCAAGCAGCUGACGGAGUUCUGCGGAAGCCGAUCGAUUUCGUGGAGUUUCAUCCCACCAAGGAGUCCCCACUUUGGUGGGAUUUGGGAGUCCGGGGUAAAAUCCGUAAAACACCACCUGAAAAGAGUAGUCGGAAACCAGAAGUUAACGUUCGAAGAAAUGAGCACAGUACUUGUUCAGAUUGAAUCGGUGCUCAACUCACGACCACUCACGCCAUGCUCCGAUGACCCCAACGACUUGACCGCCGUAACCCCAGCACAUUUCCUGGUUGGACGGCAAAUGCAGUCAAUCCCCGAGCCAUCGUAUACCAGUAUGAAGCUCUCGACGUUGACACGGUGGCAACUAGUGCAGGCCACUCAACAACAUUUCUGGAAAAGAUGGCUUGCCGAAUAUCUGCCGGAGUUGCAGAACCGCCAGAAAUGGUUCAAGACAACCCAAAUCAAACCUGGUGCCUUAGUGCUCAUCAAUGAUCCCAAUGCUCUGCCGAUGCAAUGGCAACUCGGCAGAAUCAUCGAGACUCAUCCGGGUAGCGACAACAUCACCAGGGUCGUAACUCUGCGUACCACCAGGGGUGAAUGCAAACGAGGCGUCACCGAGAUUUCUCUUCUUCCAAUGGAUCAGGAGGAGCAGAAGCUGGACCAUUGA